AUGGACGCUGCACCCUCAUCCCCUGAGUCGGGUCCCCUGUCGCCUGUCCUUCUGGGCGCACCUCAGGCCGAGGUGCUGGAAGACGUGCUGCGGGAACAGUUCGGGCCGCUGCCCCAGCUGGCUGCCAUCUGCCGGCUGAAGCGGCUGCGCUCGGGCUGCUACUCGUCGACGGAGGACCUCCAGUUGGUGCUGGAGCGGCGGCGCGUGGCCAACGCCAAGGAGCGCGAGCGGAUAAAAAAUCUCAACCGUGGUUUUGCCAAACUGAAGGCACUUGUGCCAUUUCUUCCCCAAAGCAGGAAGCCUAGCAAAGUUGAUAUCCUUAAAGGUGCAACUGAAUACAUACAAGUUCUCAGUGAUGUUUUGGAAGGAUCCAAAGACUUAGAGAAACAAGAGCCAGAGGAGCAGAACUAUAGCAACAAUACUUGUGAAUCACAUGUUUCCUUGGCUAGAGAGCUAUCAAGAAACGUUAUCCGACAUACCAGCUGUGCCAUUGGCUUGAAGAGUGAAGAGGAAGGGCCCUGGGCAGAUGGUGGCAGUGGUGAGCCAGCAUACACUUGUUGCCCAGGUCUGACGCUGGCCACCGAAAUUACUUCAACGGCCAGGAGUCUGGAUAGGUUCCCAGAAGCAGAAGAGCUCCUGAGUCACAGGUAG